AUGAAAGUUUAUGAUGACAGAAAUCUAUUAAAUCAUGAUGAUAUUAGUUUUGUGACGCCGUCCAACCAGUCCCAUUCAAGCAUCAACAACAACAGUGGUACCAGCAGUCCCAGCAGUCGGGAGCACCAGGCUGACUCUACCAAACUCGACAACCGCAGCGGCAAUAAUGCAACACCUAUCAAACACUGUUAUGAUGAUGAUGAAAACGACGAAGAUGACGACGAGGAUUGCAAAAGUGAAAUUGGAAACUCCGAUAAUAAAUCUGGAAAAGAUGUUUCUGACUCGCAAACAGACUCAAACAGCGGUGACCCGCCCAAGAAGCGGAAACGCAGGGUUCUUUUCUCUAAAGCACAGACAUAUGAACUUGAGCGGAGAUUUCGCCAACAAAGAUACCUUUCUGCACCAGAGAGAGAACACUUGGCUAGCAUCAUCCGGUUAACACCAGUGCAAGUGAAAAUCUGGUUUCAGAAUCAUCGGUACAAAUUAAAGAGAUCCCGCCAGGAAAAAGGACUUGCAGAUCUGAACCCCCUGCCCUCUCCAAGGCGAGUAGCUGUUCCGGUCCUGGUAAAGGACGGCAUACCAUGUCAGCGACCGUCCAUGAACUCCGCUCUGAAAGCCUCAGACCAUCAACAUCAUCUAUCCAUGCAGACGGGAAUGUCAAACGCAAUGAGCAUGGGGAUGAAUACCAGCAGCCUCAAUCACUGUAUGAACGGAUACGGUCACAUGACAUCGGGGGCGCAAGCCAUUUCCUCCAGCUUGUCCAACUCGAUGUCGAUGAACAUGAACAUGAGCUGUUCCUACAACAACACAAUCAGUCACUUGAACGUUCCCAGCGUCAACAACAUGAAUGUGUUGCCUGGUUACAGCCAUCCGUUGAUGCAGCCUCAGGGACGCUGGUACUGA